AUGGAUGCACACCCAACAACAAUUUUGGUGGUUGUUCUGGUGCUGUUUUCUUGGGUUGGGGCAGUGAGUUUCUCUUUUGGAAAUCCAAAUGCCAUCCAUUGUAGGGCAGAGGAAAGAGAAGCCCUUCUCGAGUUUAAAAAUGGUCUCAGGGAUCCUUCCAACCGCCUCUCUUCGUGGGUACGCGAAGAUUGUUGCAGGUGGAGAGGAGUUCACUGUGACAACACUACCAGUCAUGUUCUCCAUCUCAACCUCCACAAUCCAAUCAACUUUAAUAUUAAUCAUUUUUCUAUUGAUGGCUUUGACAAUUAUGGUUCUCAUUUUGAUGCUUUCAUGAGGUCCAGGUUGAGUGGGAACAUAAGUGGUUCAUUGUUGCAGUGGAAGCAUCUCCGGCGCUUAGACUUGAGUUGCAAUGAUUUUGGAGGACUUAAAAUUCCAGAGUUCUUUGGUUCCCUUGCUUCUCUCACACAUCUUAACCUGUCUACGGCAGGAUUUAUUGGCUCCAUUCCACCUCGGAUUGGGAAUCUUUUAAGUUUGCGUUAUCUUUAUCUUGGCUGCAAUUCUAUUGCUUUUUCGGAUGGAAAUAAUAAUGAUUUGUACGUUACUUAA